UAAAAUGCGGGAACCCGACACGAAGAAGGGAGAGGGUAGAAAGACAGAAACAUGAGUGGGAGUCGAGCUUUCUGCAAAUCUUCUCUCCUACUUCCCUCCGUCACUUUCUCUCCACUCAGUUUUAUUUCACUUCGAAGAAUUAAGCUAUCAUCGAAAUUCGUUCGAAUGGCAACCGAAUCCUCCUCAUUGAACAACAGCGACAAGAGUGCUGCAACUGUUGGUACUGCUACAGAUGGAGACGGAGGUUCCACCUCUCACUCAGUCGCGCUUUCCCCCUCCAAGAAUGACCACUCCACCUCAUCUGCUUCCUCUGCUAUCGAUUUCCUCUCUCUCUGCCAUCAUCUCAAGACCACGAAGAGAGCUGGAUGGGUCCGAAAGGGGAUUCAGGGUCCAGAAUCCAUAGCUGAUCACAUGUACCGAAUGGGCAUCAUGGCUUUUAUUGCUACCGACAUUCCUGGCAUCGACCGUGACAGGUGUAUAAAAAUGGCAAUUGUUCAUGAUAUUGCUGAAGCAAUUGUUGGGGACAUCACUCCAUCAGAUGGGGUACCAAAGUUGGAAAAAAGUCGACGGGAACGAGAAGCAUUGGAGUACAUGUGCAAACUACUUGGUGGAGGGUCAAGAGCAAAUGAAAUAGGUGAGUUGUGGAUGGAAUAUGAGGAGAAUUCUUCUCCAGAAGCAAAGGUUGUCAAGGACUUUGACAAGGUGGAGAUGAUACUUCAAGCCCUAGAAUAUGAAAGUGAGCAAGGGAAGGAUUUGGAUGAGUUUUUCCAGACCACUGCAGGGAAGUUCCAGACUGAUAUAGGCAAAGCUUGGGCUUCAGAGAUAGUAUCAAGAAGAAGGAAAGAACACUAGCUUACAUACACAACCUUUAUCCUGGUUUUGGUUUCUUCUUGUUAUACAUCCUUAAUUAUCAUUGUUCAUUCUGAAGUCUAGUGCUUUAGAUGUGUUUAAAAUUAGUAAUGGAUUCUCCAAAUUUGAUUAGGAUUGUACAUCUCCAUUUUGGGGAGCUCAGUUGCUUAGAAGCUAGGUGUUUCUUAGGACCCACGUGAAGGUCCUACAAUCAGCUGAAGUAAUACUGUUAGUAAGAUGUGUUUCGGGGU